ACUGAGGCUGUAUCACACUGAGGCUGUAUCACAGUGAGGCUGCAGGGAGGCGUUAGCGCCGCCAGUCUGAACCAGAACGAGCCGUUACCACUGAAGGCUGCUGGCUGCUCGCUAGUAGCAACAACACAGCAUUAGUCGUCGGGCUAGCAACAACAUUAAAGAGGGGAAACUGGAUCGCCAUCACGGAUUUCUUGUGGGACAAACGCACAGGCCUCGCUGCUAAAACGAUGCCUCACACUAGACGGUACUCGUCUUCGGACAGAGAUAGCCGAAGCAGUUACCAAGACCGUUACCGAGACCGAGACAGAGACAGAGGACGAAGACACCGGCACAGACGAUCGCCUUCUUUCUCCUCCAGCAGUGACAGAGAGAGAGACAGAGACAGAGACCGGGACCGGGACCGAGACAGAAGGGGGCGAGGACAAAGACAGGAAGGAAGCUUUGUACGAUCAAGGAGUCGUAGCUUUGACAAUCGCUCUACGGAGCACCGGCCAUUUGACCGCAGAUACUGCGAGGGAUACAGACGCUUGGAUCAGAGCCGAGAUCAAGACCGCGACAGAGAAAGGGAGCCACAUGGAGCAGCUGAAAGCUACUAUCCACGCGACUUCUCCCCAAACGUGUAUGACUACCGACGUGGCCGCGAGAGGGAGCGCGAACGAGAAGAGUCGUACCGGCGGAAAGGCAGCAGGCGUAAGCACAAACGAAGGCGGCGUAGAACCAGGUCCUAUAGCCCAUCCUCCUCGCGGAGCGACAGCCGGACGCGGGCACUGAGUGUGAGGGACGACGAGGAAGGGCACCUGAUCUGUCGGAGUGGGGACGUCCUGCAAGAGAGAUAUGAGAUUGCCAGCACUUUGGGGGAAGGCACCUUUGGGAGGGUGAUGCAGUGCAUCGACCUUCGCAGGGGAGGAGCCUCAGUUGCUCUGAAAAUAAUCAAAAAUGUGGAGAAGUACAAGGAAGCAGCUCGCCUGGAGAUAAAUGUACUAGAGAAGAUCAAUGAAAAGGACCCUGAUAACAAAUUCCUGUGUGUACAGAUGUAUGACUGGUUCGACUACCACGGUCACAUGUGCAUCUCCUUUGAGCUGCUAGCUCUCAGCACCUUCGACUUUCUGAAGGAAAACAACUACCUGCCCUACUCAAUUGGUCAGGUCAGACACAUGGCCUACCAAAUCUGUCUCGCUGUGAAGUUUCUCCAUGACAAUAAGCUGACACACACAGACCUAAAGCCUGAGAACAUCCUAUUUGUCAACUCCGACUUCACAAUGUCUUUCAAUGUAGAGAAGAAGCGAGAAGAGCGGACGGUUAAGAGCACGGCAGUACGUGUGGUGGACUUUGGCAGCGCCACUUUUGACCACGAGCACCACAGCACCAUUGUGUCCACGCGGCAUUAUCGUGCCCCUGAGGUCAUACUAGAGCUGGGCUGGAGCCAUCCCUGUGACGUGUGGAGCAUUGGCUGUAUCCUGUUUGAGUACUAUCUGGGCUUCACCUUGUUUCAGACUCAUGACAACAGGGAGCAUUUGGCCAUGAUGGAGAGAAUCCUGGGACCAGUGCCCUCUAGGAUGAUUCGUAAAACGAGGAAGCAGAAGUAUUUCUAUCGUGGCCGUCUGGACUGGGACGAGAGCUCCUCAGCGGGGAAAUACGUCAGAGAAAACUGCAAACCCUUGCGGCGGUACUUGCUGUCGGAGGCGGAGGAGCACCACCAGCUGUUUGACCUCAUUGAAAGCAUGUUGGAGUACGAGCCCUCCAAGAGGCUGGUGCUGGCCGACUCCCUCAAACACCCUUUCUUUGAGAACGGGGCGAUUGGCGAGGCAGGGAGCAGCAAGAGCUGGGAGGGCAACCGGGACAUCAGCCGGUGACCCGUGAGCCUCCAAAGACUGAAUGACAGAGGAGAUCAAGUCUUUUAUAUAUGGAGCAGGUGAACUGUUAAAUUAAAACGGGGGCUUUGGAUGUUUUCUGUCGUUUGUCAUUAAAGCAUGGACACCUUAACUUCUUGCUCCUCCACCCUGCCCCUCUGACGUCCACCUCUGCAGCCACAGGAGGCAUGUUUUUGCAGCAGAGAGACCAAAAAUAACCCACAAAGGACUGGAAAAGAGUUGAAAAGAGUUCCUAGCUGUCACAGCCUCAACAGAGGACAAAAAUCUCACAUGGAAGAUUGUUUGUACCCCAAAGUAGCCCUCUAUGCAGCUCCUGUCUUCCUUUCGACUUCUGAACUACCUUCCGUCCGUCCGUCUAUUAUUUUCAUCAGCAUGUAAAGAAAAUAAUUCACCUUUAUACGGAAAUAAGCACUACAAAACCGGUUACACAAACCUCAGUUUUGGAGAAGAAAUGUCUUCCUAUUCUGAAGUCUGAGGAAAGGCUAAAAGGGAGAUAGAGCUGUAUAUGCAGCGCAAGUCCUCACCCACAUAAUUCUAAACAUGGAGACAUGCAAGAUAUUCUGUUAUGCUAACAUCAAAUCAUUCAAAUUGAAUAUCACAUUUCCUUGGAAAGUGCAAGUAUCUCCAGCAGAGGAGUGUCUCAAGUUUUUUGUUUACAUUUUUGUUAAGUGAGCACUUGCUUUGCAUAUUAUUUUUCAUGUUUCUGUUUUUACAUCUGAAAGGAUUAUCCCUAAUAUGGAGACUCUUGCCCUUAAUCUUGGGUCUGUUAUUAUUCGCCAGUGAUGAGAUAAUAAUGGUGAUGGACACUCCACACACACAGGCCCCCUGUGGCCUGUCUUAUUGAUAGACAUGUUUGUUACGUUAUGCAAUGCUUUCUGGGUGUGAGUGAGUGAGUGUGUGUGAGCGCGUGUGUGUGUGUAGGGGUGGGAAGGUGUGGGUGACAUGUUAAUAUUACUGUUUUGCUGAGUGACUCUGUAGUAGUUCAGCAUUAGUCAUGGGAACACUCUGGCAUACUUUUAAACACAUAAAACAUAAACUGCCUUUUCCAUGUGUGAUUUGGUGCGACCUGAAGUCUCUCUAUUGAGGUUAAGCACACAGCUGGUGGUAGCCACACACAACUCCUGUUGCCGCUAUUUAUUUUGAGUUCCAAUAGGUCAUAAUGUCCCCCCCCACCCACCUGUACAUGACUUGUUUUUUUUUGUAUUAAAUGAAAGCGUAUAAAACUGUAUAUAUGUAAGAUUGUGUAGAAUUAAAGUUAAGUCCUCCUUACCAAAGGCUUAUGGUGCUCUGGGUAUCGGUUCAGGCCUCUGGUAGCUAAAGGGAGGCGUUCUGUCUUUAAAUACCA